AAUGCAGACAGGUGACACAUGAAGAAAUGGCAGAGUAAGAUGACAGGUUUUGUCACAUGUUCCAUGUGCAUUUUAAUGUAAUUUUGGUACAAAUGGUACUCAAUAAAUUAAAAGCUGAUCAACCCGUCUAAUUUAGUCAUUUAGUUUAAUUUGGUCUUCAGUGACCACUACAAAUCUGUGAUGUAUUGUAAAGUCAAAGAUAAAUGGGUAAAAGAAAAAGAAAGAAAAAGAAAUAUAACAGUAUGCAGUAACAACAUUCAUAUAACAAUGUGUAUAUAAUUGGAAACAGUACACAGACAUUUUAUUUAAUCAUUUAUUUAUUUAUUUUACUGAAUGGUCAUUCUGAAUUUAAAAAGUAUUCAUGUCCGAUAAGUUUCUACCAGUUCCAUUUUUUAAUUAUUCACAACGAUGAAACUGCACAAGUUGUUGCUGCUAUGUAACAGUUCAGUGGUGAACAUUCAGUAAGUGAAUCAAUGUCAGUAUAAUUUUUUUCUAUAUUCCACAGGCACUUUCAUUCAAGACCCACAUAUUAUUCUGUUCUGAGUUAUGCAGGAAAAAAGACGUCUUCACAAAUAUGCAUCUCACAGCCACAGUGACAUUCUCACAGCCCUGAAAAUAGUCAUGUGCUAAACGUACUAUGUACUAUGAACUAAAGGCUAAUAAUCGAUUAGUCACAUCAAUUCACUGGAGUCAUGAGAAAAAGCUUCAACAUCCCUGAAGUUCUGUCUGAACAUUUGACCACGAGACACGAGUAGAACUCAGCAGUACAUGUCUCUGGUGCUUUCCCCAUUCAAAUCUUGACUGUAUAUGUGGACGGAAGCUUUGUUUUUCACCUGAAUCACCACUUUAUGUCCAGAUGUUCCUCUUAAGAUUCCACGUCAUGAAAAUUGGUUCUUGAACGUUUUGUAGAUGUGAGAGUCGCUCAGAUUUCUGGAAACAGAAGAUGCCUUAUUUCUGUCUGUUUAUGGUGAAUUUAAUGGAAUUUUCUACGCUGAUAGAAAACUGAAAGCAGCCUGUGCCCGAAGAUGAAUCAAGUGUGGAAAAUGUCAGUCAGCGCUGUAGAGCGAUAAAGCCACCACUAUAACAAAGAUAGUGCUUUCUUUAUUGAUUCACAAGAUUAAUUAUAGAAUGGGAAAAAAAGAUGAAUCGUUUUAAGUUUUGAAAGAGCAACUGAAGAAACUAAAUUAGGCGUAAACGUGCGUUUCCCAGCUGUCCUGCUUACGUGGAGGGGUGUUGCACAUCCUCCCCUUUCCUGAACAAAGUAAGACAGCCCUAAAGCUCAGUUGCUGUUAAAGCCGCCAGCAUUCAUGAGGUGGCCUUUGCUAUUUGCCUUGCCACUGAGUAAACAUGGCUGCUGGCUGCAGGAAUUCCAGAUGUUAUGCUCCGUCGUAAAGUCAGCCUCAUUCUGGGGGUGUUCUGUUCUAGUCUCCCUUAAAGGACAGGAAAAUAAAAUGCUCCCUGUCAUAAACUCACUUUAUAUUUAUAGUUGGUAAAAAGUUAUAUUGACGAGUUAUAUAAAAGUUAUAUAAGAGAAAAUCCCAAUACAAUUGUGCCUUUAUGCGUGAUGGUGAGUUUCAGAGCAGCUUUUUUCCCCCCAGGUAGCACCCAUUCAAAAUAUGUUUGAUCGUUUAGUCUGCAGAUCUGUGAAAUUAUAUAUUCCAUAUUCCUCUCAUUAAGGUGCAUAUUUAGUAGGUGCAUUGUCAGAACAGUUUUUAUAUCAUUGACUUAUAAGACGUUGAAUAGUUGACCAUUCCCGGACCAGUAUCUCCCGGCUUUUUAUUUCUCCAAAUUAAAUAUGGUAGAUAUGAUGAUUAUUCUUAGUAAUCAAUAAGAACACAAUGACUUAUUUGUUUAUUUAUUUUACGCCAGCGUUUUUGCUCAAUAAAUGUUUGUAUUUUCUUGCAAAAUCCUGGGUGGAUUUCCCCUCAACAGCACAGCUCUUGUACUGGAAUCUCGAUGCCUCUGAGCAAAGUUCAAAGUCUACACCCCUGAUCCACCAAUUUCCAUUGACAACUACACUCAUGACAGGAUCACUGGCUCUCAAGGGACUUUAAGAAAAGCUGGAGACAGAGACUUUGCUAACGGUUUGGACGUUGGGAGCAGAGGAUGUUUUUGACUGCGUUCCUGCUUCUGGUCGCUCUGGGUGCCCAGGGAGCACAUGGUGAGGAGAAAGAGGAGGCUCAGAGACGUGGCCAUGUCUCCGUGGUCAUAGUGGGGGGCACGGGCGACCUGGCAAAGAAAUACCUGUGGCAGGGAUUCUUCCAUCUCUACGUCAACCAGGUCAGUAGUGGAAACACCUUUUCCUUCUAUGGCGGAGGACUGUCGCCUGCAGACAAAGGCGCAGCGCUCCUCUCUGAGAUCCUGAAGGCUGUGAGCUGCUCGAAGGACGUAUCUCAGGAACGCUGCGCUCUGGUCAAAGAGCAGUUCCUGCGUCUGUCACUGUACCGGCAGCUGAAGACACUUGAAGACUAUCAGAACCUGGACAAGGAAAUUAAGCAACAGCUUAAUGAGGAAGGAAUGACAGAGGCAGGGAGGCUCUUCUACCUCUCUGUCCCGGCCUUUGCCUAUGCGGACAUCGCAGAGAAGAUAAAUAACAGUUGCAGGCCAGCCAGCGAGGCCUGGCUGAGGGUGGUGCUGGAGAAACCGUUCGGACACGACUACAAGAGCGCUCAAGUGUUGGCAUCUCAACUUGGGAGCUCUCUGAAGGAUGAGGAAAUGUACAGAAUUGACCAUUACUUGGGGAAGCAGGUUGUUUCAAAGAUACUUCCAUUCAGGAUAGAGAACAGAAAAUCUCUGGAUCCCAUCUGGAACAAGCAGCACAUUGAACGAGUGGAGAUCGUCUUGAAGGAGACUUUGGAUGUUAAAGGUCGUAUUCCUUUCUACGACGAGUACGGGGUGAUCAGAGAUGUGCUUCAGAACCACCUGACUGAGGUGAUGACGCUGCUGACCAUGAAGCUUCCCGUGAAUGUGAGCAGCGCUGAGGAGGUUCUUCGGAACAAGCUCCACAUCUUCCGUUCCCUGCAGCCUUUAGGCAACAAUCAAGCUGUGAUCGGCCAGUACCAAGCUUACAGAGCAGAGGUUCAGCAGGAGUUGAAUAAGACCAAAGAUCAUGUUAGUCGCACACCAACGUUUGCAGCUGUGCUUGCACACAUCGAUGAAGCUCAGUACGAAGGCGUGCCACUCCUUUUGAUCUCGGGCAAGAUGCUAGAUCAAAGAGUCGGAUACGCACGCAUACUUUUUAAGAACGACAUAUUUUGUCUACAGAACACCCACAGCGUUCACUGCAAGCCCAAACAGAUCGUGUUCUACUUCGGCCAUGGCAGCCUUCAGUAUCCGGCGAUUCUUGUGAGUAAGAACUUAUUCAAGCCCACUCUGAUGGACAGCGAGUGGAAGGAAGUGACUGAGCAUACAGAUGUCAGCGUUUUAGGUCUGCCUAUUUCAGACUACUACGUUCAAACCCCAAAGGAGCAGAGGGAGGCGUACACGGAGCUUAUCUCCCACAUCUUCGCGGGGCGUAAGAAUAGCUUCAUCAGCACUGAAAACCUCUUGGCGUCCUGGGGCUUAUGGACGCCUCUGCUCACUAGCUUAGCCAGCUCUCAUCCCCGCAUCUACCCCGGGGGCGCCGACAACGGAGACAUGCUGGACGUCCGUCUGAGAGGGAACGACAUCAGCUUCAUCAGCGAGGCUGUGAUAAUCAGCCCCGAUCAGAUGGGCUCGGCGAACGAUUUCCAAGUGAUGCAGGGCAAGUUUCGCGGCACUGUUAUGGUGUCCGCGUGGGCGGAGGAGCUGGUCGAGAAGCUGGCCGAAGAUAUGCAGGAGGCGGCGGAGGCGGCGGUGCGCGACGCCGGCGUUUUCCACCUGGCUCUCUCCGGUGGCUCCACCCCCCUCGCUCUGUUCCAGAGGUUGGCCCUCCACCACUUCACCUUCCCCUGGAGGGACACCCACGUGUGGAUGGUGGACGAGCGCUGCGUGCCCAUGACCGAGCCGGAGUCGAACUUCCACGGCUUGUACAACUACCUGCUGCAGCACGUGAGGGUGCCCUACUACAACAUCCACCCCAUGCCCGUGCAGCUCAACCAGCGCCUGUGUGUGGAAGAGGACGGAGGAGCUCUGCUGUACGAGAAAGAGCUCGGCAAACUGGUCAACGGCUCCAGCUUCCACUUCGUGGUGUUGGGCGUCGGCUACGACGGGCACACGGCGUCUCUGUUCCCCGGGGGUAAGGUGGACGAACACGGGGAGAGUCUGGUGAUCCUCACCGAGAGCCCCGUCAAGCCCCACCAGCGUAUGACCCUCACUUUGAACGCCAUCAACCGAGCCCAGAAGGUCGCUCUUCUGGUGAUGGGGAAAGGCAAACACGAGCUGAUCACCCAACUGAGCCGCGUGAAGGACAACACAGACAAAUACCCUGUCACUGGGGUGAACCCUGACAAUGGUAAACUAGUUUGGUACAUAGACUACGACGCACUUUUAGGAUAAACGCGAUUCGUGCCUAACUGCCGAUCAGGUAAAUAUAUUUGGAGCAGCUUUAAUUGGACAGGUGGUCGGUGAAAAUGAAUGUACGAGCCAGCAUUUAAAGGACCAGUGGGUUUUACACGUUUUAGCUUAUGAACUAUGAAUGACGCAUUGAACUUUACUGCUGCAUUUUUGAAAUGAUGUCAUCAGGUAUCUGAUCCGUUUCCCACCAGCCGCUGGGUUGAGUUUAGAGGAAGACGGAAUGACUUCAUCGAAACGAAGAAGUCCACACACGCUCGUGCUUGUGGGUAGUGGGACUUCAAGAGGUUUGCGGUUUCUUCAGAUCUCAGGUGAACUUACAGAUAUACAGUUUAAUCCACGUCUCUUCAGUGUGUAUUUUCUAUUGUUACGUGCCAGCGAACCACCCGCGAACAAUGUGUUUUAUUUCUGAGUAAAAGAAAGACAUACAUUUGUGACACACGUUGGUGCUUCUCUAAUAAAAAACACACAUUCCUGACACAUGUUGACAUUCCUCCACGAAUAUUCAGCGCAUACAGUUUACAGGUAUUUUUUUAUGGACUAAACAAUUUUAUUUUAUUUUUUUUACUGGAAUGCUGGAAUCUACUGAGUUUCAGUAGCAAUAUAUUUUUAUUGUGCCUGACGAAAAGAUUUCCCGCGCAUCCUCAACCACCACCACAUCUGUUGGGAAUAUGGACAAAGUGGAACCAUUCAUCAUCACACCAGCACCACAUGCAGCCUUUCAGUUCUAGGCCACAGGAAUCUAAACCUUUUCCUCAUAGAUGAUUGCAGUUUGAAGUGUUUUGAUUUCUUUCUUCUUUUACGGUUGAGACAUUUAUGCGUUGAUUCAUUUUCACAUAUCAAAGGUUUAAAAUGUUCCACUGAAUUUUUUUUUUUUUUUUUUUUAUACACAUAAAUCAUUUUUCCAGCGGCUAAUUUGCCAAGUAUAUUUAGCUGAUGGGCAUGACCUAUGGUUUGGAGGUGUUUUUUUAUUUUAUUUUAUUUUAUUUUGGAACAGCAUCUUCAAUAAUUACUUCUUCUUAAUUUUCCUCCAAGAAUAUGUUACAUUUUCCAAUAACAUGAGAUAUCUCUGUCUCAGUUAUAUGCAAAUUUCAUAUCUGCAUAAUGCAGUCUGCUGUGUAUUACAUGAAACAAAUACAAAAAAACACUUGUAACAGUCCAGACAUCUGCUUUUCUGAAGUGAGCAUUAAAACGUGAUAUGGAUUAA